AUGCCCGAACACAAGAACUCAUCUGUUGUCUCCGCUCCCGGCAAGGUUCUUCUCGCAGGCGGCUACAUUGUCCUCGACAGGGACUACUCCGGCCUCGUCUUUGGCCUCAGCGCCCGCAUCAACGUCGUCUCUCACCCCAUCCAGCCCACCCAGGGCGUUCAUCUCACCGAGAUUGUCGUCGAAAGUCCGCAGUUUGACGAUGACUCCUGGGUGUACGGCUACACCCCUGUGGAAGGUCACGGCGGUGUAAAAGUCACCCAGCUCGACCCCGGCACCAAACCCUUCAAACCCAACCAUUUCGUCGAAACAACCCUCAACUACGUCCUCUCCUACAUCGUCUCCCUCCCCGCCAAGCAAACCCUCUCCUCCAUCCACCCCGCCAAAUUCACCAUCCUCGCCGACAACGACUAUUACUCCACCACCACCACCACCUCCCCUUCCACCCCCCAGCGUCGCUUCCGCCACCUCGGGCAAACAAUCUCCAAAGCCAACAAAACCGGCCUCGGCUCCUCCGCCGCCCUGGUAACCUCCCUAACCGGCUGCUUGCUCUCCCACUACCUCCCCCGUUCCCUUUUCGACCUCUCCACCCCCUCAGGCCGGUGCACCCUCCACAACCUCUCCCAAGCAGCCCACUGCGCCGCCCAGGGGAAAAUCGGCUCCGGGUUCGACGUCGCCAGCGCCGUCUACGGCAGCUGCGUCUACCGCCGGUUUUCCCCCUCCCUCUUAUCCGCCCUCCCACCCCCAGGGACGAGAGGGUUCGGGAGAGCCGUCGUGGAGACGGUCAACUCCCCCGACUGGGAUCAAGAAAUCAGCAAAGAGGAGACUGAUCUUGCCGAGGGGCUGAAGAUCAGAAUGGUGGAUGUCACGGGGGGGACGGCAACGGUCAGCAUGGUGAAGCUGGUCAACGCCUGGAGGGAAGGGAACAAGGCCGAGGCGGAUGGGUUGUUUGCCGAGCUGGAGGGGGAGGUGAAGGUUUUGGCUGGGGCGCUCAAAGUCGGGGAUGGGCAGGCGAUAAAAAGGGCAAUGGGGGAGGUGAGGAGGUUGAUGAAAAGGAUGGGGGUGGAGAGCGGGGCCGAGAUCGAGCCGGACAGUCAGACCAAGAUGCUGGACGAGCUGGAGGGGCUGGAGGGGGUGGUGGGGAGUGUGGUUCCUGGCGCGGGGGGGUAUGAUGCUGCGGCGUUGGUGAUUAGGGAUGAUGAGGGGACGGUGGGGAGAGUCGAAAGGUUUUUGGGAGAGUAUAGUCAGAGGGAAGGGGUGAAGGCGAGGUUGUUGGAUGUGUUGGGGGAGGUGGAGGGGGCGAGGUUGGAGAGCUGGGAUGGGGGGAGGUGGCAGGAGUUGUGA